AUGGAGGAAGAUCUUCGCUCAGAUCACGCUCGCUCUCAUCCUCCCUCUCUACGUCAUCUCGCCCUCUUCGAGGUCUCGCAGCUCCUCUUCUUCAAGAUUAUCAACCACGAGAUCAUCAGGGACGACGCCAGGAAGGACAGCCCGAGGUACAGGGACCUGUCCCGCAUGCUCCAGAAGGAGUGGGCCGCUUUCUGGCUCUUUGAGCUCGGCUUUUUCAUCUUUGUCUUCAUCUUCUCUCCGCUUUCGACCUCGGCUGUUAUCUACACUGUGGCCUGCACCUACGCCACCAAGCCGAUUACUUUCAUUAUCGCCAUGAUUUGCCAAUUGGCGAGUAUGAUCUCGGUUCUUGAAGAUGCCUAUGGAAGGAAGGCGAUGGCGAAGAGCGAGGGACUGAUAAAGGGCAAGAUGGACCUACGGGUUUGGUGUUUUCUUAGGGUCUUGGUGUGCUCCGUGCUGGUUCAGGCACUGUUUGGAUCCCUUGUGGUCUUGGACUGGGUUCCUAUUGGAGUCAAGAUCGGGGUUGGGCUGAUUUGCUUGAUGUUUCUGUCGACGCUGGUGCCGUUCGAUUUGGUCGCGCAGCCAGUGAUCUACUUCGCGUGCAAGUCCUACCACCAUGAGAACAUCGACGGCUCCUGCUUGUCUGAUCAUCUCGAGGGCUGUCGUGGAGAAUGUCCCUCUAAAGGCCAACAAGCUGUCCAGCUGGCAGCUUGA